CCCGCUUCACAUACUUAACUUAUACCAUGCUGUACUUUCCAUCGAAAUAAAAUGCAAAUACCUGAGUGUGUCCCCAAUGAGCUACCGAAUGGGGGAGAUAUUUUAUUCGAGUUGGCAAAACGGAGAGAUGAACGUGUGUACAAACUUUUGGAAGAAGACGGACGUCUACUAAACUGUCGUGAUGGAAAUGGAAACAGCCUACUUCACUGGUCUGUCUUUCUAAAUGACGCGUACCUGACGUGCUACUUGCUUCAGAAGGGGGCGGACGUGAACGCCAAGGCGCACAACGCGCAGACGCCGCUGUUCUGGGCAGUCUCCGGAGGAAACCUACACAUGAUCCACCUGCUGAGGAAACACGGAGGAGAUAUAUUUCAAGCCGACGACAAGGGUUACAGUUGCUUAACCAUAAGCACUCAGUAUGGGCACGUCCUAUGCUUCCUCUAUUUAAUCCAUUUGGGGUCACCACUGACACAUAGGGACCUGAACAGCUGCUCGAUCGUUGACUGGGCAGCAUACAACAACAAUAUAUUUUUCCUUCGACUGCUGUCGAAAGUUGCUCCUAAUUUAUUUUCCAUGAAUUUGAAGAAUCCUGCAUCCACUUUGCACAAGGCCAUCAUUGGGAAUGCCUACGACGCGGUGGUCUUCCUCGUGCUGCACGGUCACCAGAAUGUACAAGACAUCGCCACGGAGGAAAACAAAACAGCUGCCCAGUUUGUCGAAGAGCAUAAAGAUAAGGUGGACAGAAGUAUAUACAAGUUUAUCACUUGCAGGAAGGUGCAGCAGCUGUGCAGGAGGCGAGGCGGGAAAGAGGACCCGGCUUUGUAUGAGCCCAGUGGGACGAUCGGUCCCUACGCGAUUUCAAGCAGGAAAAAGGCGAGAGGGGCGUUCCUUGGGGGGAAUCUCUUUUGGGACGCCGCCCACCCAAUGCUCUUCAUUCUUUACUACAUGGUCGUUUCGAGCGAUCCUGGCUUUUUACAAAGUGAGGGAAGUACCCCAUGUGAUAUGAAAGGGGAUAAGAAGGAUACAUCACAUCUCCUCGAAGUGGACACGAACAGGAGCACAAAUUUGACUUUUCGUAAAAUUAUAAAAAAUGUGAAGGAGGAAAUAAAAGGGUAUGAGGAAAAAAAUAAAUUAAUUUCAUUUUGCGAAAUGGUAAAAUGGAAAAAUAUCAAGGAGGUGAAAAAUAGUUUGCAGAUAAAGCUAGAUAUACAGGGAUUCGAAGUAACCUCAUUUGACGUAAAUAAGUUGUGUCCUAGUUGCUUCCUCUUUAAGAACUUACGAACGAAGCAUUGUCGUUUCUGUGGCAAGUGCGUAGAUAUAUAUGACCACCACUGCAUAUUUACGCUAAACUGCAUGAGUGUAGAUAACGCAAAAAUUUUUUUAAUAUGGAUCGUGUCAAAUCUUUUAUUUCAUUUUUGGAAAAUAUACACACACAUAUGUAUGUUUAUGAGGCUGGAUUUUUCAUCGUCUCCAUUCCUUUUCCGAGGAGUAUCCCUAUCAGUAGUCCUGAUGAGCUUAUUACACAUAUACUUCAUGGGGGUCAUUUUCCUAAGAUCUGUGCUAAACAUAUUAGAGAAUAUAACAUCUAAUGAAAAAUUCAAAAUGUAUUCCUCGAACACUUUUUUUUUAUACGAGUUGAAGAAAGACAAGAAUAAUGAACCCGUUGUGAUCCGCAGAUUCAAAAAUCCGUUUGACCAAGGGGCGCUUUUUAAUUUGAUUCACUUUUUUACAAAGUCUAAAAAGAAUUUGUCAUCCCCGGAGAGGCAAUUCAUUCGUGUAGACGAGAGCGUGGAGAGUGCACCCGUGAGGGCUUUCGUGGAGAAACUGAAUAAGGAAUUGCGUCGGGUUUAUGCGAAGCGGUGA